UCAAGCUGCUGCUAGAUUGGGGGACGUCAGCGCCUAUUCCCCACGUUGUUUACAAGGGUUGCCCCGAAACGCAUGUACGAAAAAAAAAAUAUGCGCCCCGAUCACGUAGCAGGCUGACGUCCCAGGUGACGUAGUUUUGUACAUUACGUUGUGGAGCUGGUGAGCAGAGAAGUCUCAUCCCAAAGAAAUGGUGCAAACCAUGCUCUCCUGGUUUUGGCCAAGUUUUUCCUCAGUUGGGGAGGGGCUAGCAAUAGCAUUGUAUCCAGCUAAAUAGGGAACUACGCACUUGCUCCCAAAUUAAGUACAUCCAGGCUGCCAUCCAUCAACCAUGUCAUCUAGAUGGUCUGGCAGCUUUAAGUACCACAGCUUGUGCAGCUCUAAACGUGGCAAGCAUGGUGAUGGCAGCUGGGUGGGUCACAGAGAUGGCCGCAGCCGGUCACCACAUGCCUCGCAUGACAGAGCUCGGCUGGGGGAUGACGGCCAGUCGUCGGCCUCGGGGCGACGCCCCGCGGCCCAGCCGGAGUCGCGAGGCUUCAGCGAGUCCCGCGAGAGGGCGUACAUCACCGAGUACCUGGAUUCGGGCGAGUGCCUGCUGGCGCGUGGCUCGGAGGAGCACGCCGCCUUUUGGUCCUUCCAUGCCAUGUACGUGCGCAAGCUGACGUCGUCGGCCCGGUCCGCCGGUGCGGCGGACCGGGCCGGGUCGCCGGGACGCCGCGGGGACGACCCCUUCCCGCUGCCGCCGUACGACAUCGGGCACUGCAACCCGCUGCGGAUCCAGCGACCGAUCCGGGACAAGCGGGAUGCGCGCGAGUUGGAGCGGGAGGAGCGUGAACGGCGCGAGCCGGAGGCCAGGCGCGCCAAGCAGAUCCUCGCCGCUUACCUACAGUUCCUGCAGAAGCAGAAGUUCGCCAAGCUCAAGAAGUUGCGCGACGCCCAGAGAAACCUUCCGAUCUUUCAGCACAAGGACGAGAUCUUGUCGGCGAUCGGGGACAACCAGGUGGUGAUCGUGGCGGGGGACACCGGCUGCGGCAAGUCCACCCAGCUACCGCAGUACCUGAUCCAGGCCGGCUACAGCAGUGUAGCGUGCACGCAGCCGCGCAGGAUCGCGUGCAUCUCACUGUGCCAGCGAGUCAGCUUCGAGACCCUGCAGCAGCACGGAGAUCAGAUCGGAUAUCAGAUCCGCUUCGACAAGCGGCGCACAACGCAAACCAGAGUCGUCUUCAUGACUGAGGGCCUUCUGCUGCGACAGGUAACGGCUGACCCCCUGCUGAGCCAGUAUGACGUCAUCGUGCUGGACGAGGUGCACGAGCGCCACCUGCAGGGCGACUUUCUGCUGGGUGUGAUGAAGUGCCUGAUUCUACAGCGGCCCGGGCUCCGCAUGGUGCUCAUGUCGGCCACCAUCAACAUUCAGCUGUUUAGCGACUACUUCCACGGUCGGGCGCCGGUGAUUCAGAUACCAGGCCGGCUCUUCCCCAUCCAGCUGUUGUACCGACCCAUCUCUGUGGUGGAGGCGGUCUCCAGCGGUGCUCGGCUGAAUCCCGCGCCGUUUGUGCGCGUGCUCAGUCUGAUCGACGACAAGUACCCGGAGUCGGAGCGGGGCGACCUGCUGCUCUUCCUGAGCGGCGUGGCCGAAAUCACCACCGUGGUGGAGGCGUGCGCCGAGUACGCUAAGCGGAACGGCCGCUGGCUGGUGCUGCCCCUGCACAGCGGGCUCUCCGUCUCCGACCAGGACAAGGUGUUCGCUCUGGCUCCGGAGGGGUUGCGCAAGUGCAUCGUGUCCACCAACAUCGCGGAGACGUCCGUCACCAUCGAUGGCGUGCGCUUCGUGGUCGACUCGGGCAAGGUGAAGGAGAUGAGCUACGACAGUGUGACGCGCAUGCAGCGGCUCAAGGAGUUCUGGGUCAGCCAGGCGAGCGCCGAGCAGCGCAAGGGCCGUGCAGGCAGGACCGGGCCGGGCGUAUGCUUCCGCAUGUUCUCGGAGGACGAGUACGACAUGCUGGCGCCAUACUCGACGCCUGAGAUCCUACGCGUACCGCUCGAGAGCCUGGCGCUGCAGAUGGUGGCCAUGGGUCUGCCGGAUCCACGGCGCUUCCCGUUCCUGGACCGGCCGCCCGAGGACAGCCUGGAGGAUGCCAUCCGCUCACUGGUGCAGCAGGGGGCGCUGACGUCCGCCGAGGAGCUGACGCCGCUGGGCCAGAUGCUGAGCCAGCUGCCGGUGGCCGCAACCGUGGGCAAGAUGCUGGUGCUGGGCUCGGUGCUGCACCAAAUGGGGCCGACGCUGUCGGCGGCGGCCGCACUCAGUGUUCAGUCGCCGCUCACUAGCCGCGCCUUCCGCGACCCCGACUGUCUGGCUAAUCUGAAGCAACUACACUGCAGUCACGGGGACCCUCUGACCUUGCUGGAGGCGUUCGUGAGCUGGCUGCAGAUCAAGGUCAAGGGUCAGGUCAGGUCACGCACCUGGUGCUUGGAGCGCGGCAUAGAGGAGCAGCGGCUCUACGAGCUGACCAAGCUGCGGCGACAGUUCCUCACCAUCAUGGAGGACUCGCGCCUGCUGCCCAAGCCGGCCCGGCUGGUCAGCUCGGCUGAACGUGUGCGACGUCACGGCGAGCUGGCGCAGCUGCGCGCUGCGCGCCGGCAGCUGCAGCUGGCGCAGCCUCAUCAGCGGCGACUGCCGCGCGUCGGACGGCCUCCUGGCGACGACGAGCAUGCGGCCGACGACAUUUCAGACAUCGACUUCAAGAUGCGCACUGGCACGCGCGAACUACAAGAGCUGCUGAGGGCCAGUAAACUGGCGUCGCACCGAGACCAGACGCUGCUCAAGAUCAUCCUGUGCAGCGGCCUCUAUCCUAACUUCGCUCUGCCGGAUCUGCACAACACGUACAAGUCGGGCUCGGAUCUGGUGUUCCACUGUCCCAGCAAGCCGUUCGUCGUGCUGCACCCGAACUCGGUGCUGGCCUUCUCGCCGGAGGUGCUGCAGAUUGCCGACAGCGACGUGCGUGUGCCGACCGGACCGCGCCGGCAGCGGCACAGCGUCAUCAGCAACCGGCACCAGCUGCUGGCCUUCGUUUCGCUUCUGGAGACGACCAAACCAUAUGUGACGGGGGUGACCAGGGUGCCGGCUCUGCAGGCGGCUCUGCUCUUCAGCAACACCAUCGACACGGACGUCACCUUCAGCACCCUCUGCUGUGACCGCUGGGUGGAGUUCCUGGUGACGGACGCGUCGCAGGCGCAGCAGCUGGUGGCGCGUGCGGUCACACUGCGCCAGUGGUGGUCCCAGUUGCUGCAGGUCCGGCUCGCUAACCGCAGCUCGGAGCAGCUGCACGAGUCAGAGGAGGAGGCGACGCUGCGGACCCGGCUGGUGACCGCGCUCACCGAGUACCUACACACCGAUGUGUUUUAUUCGUACCGCCGCCUCCUACCCGCCGACCUAAGCGCCAUCUUUACGGGACGGCCGGAGGAGGCGUCCGGCUCCGCCCAGCUGCCGGGCUACCUCAGAUACGACAGCCUGGCCAGUGAGCAGGCCGUGUCGCUGGUCGACGAGCUGUGCCCGUUCUGCGAGCGGCUGCUCGGCGCACUGCCACUGCACAGGUUCGACCACUGGCGCCAGUGCAUCCUCGAGCCCAGGACGGCGUCCGGGCGGGAAGAACCGCAAUUGGAGCCUGUAGAAAACGGCGACAGUAAAACCGGGGGUUUCUUCUGCGAAACCUGCAAGGCCACUCUUGACCUGACGCCUGUGGAGAUUCUACGGCACCGGAGGAGUCACCGGACCCCUCUCCCCCUCCUUUCCUCCCUCCCUCCCUCCGUCCCCCGUGCACCGUAGUGGUGAGCAGUACAUCACUGUGAUUCUGUGUCUGCAUGACAUUGUUCCGUCUUCCGCUACGUGGUAUGCGCUUCCGUACCACCGUGUAUUUUUUUGUCAUUUGUAUUCGUGCUCUGCUAGUUCUGUCUGCGGUAUUGUUUGGCAUUGCCCUAAGCCGUGAUCAUCACUUAAAAUGCGACCUAUUUUGGGAAAAUGUUAUGCGUUGUCUGAUUGUUGUAUGGAAUGGCGUUCUGCUUACUCCUAUGGAGCUGAGUCAUGGGACUGGCAAUGGAGCCAAUACAAGAGUGUCAGAUU